GUUUGAGAAACACCUCCGUGACGCACAAAAGGAGCAAGGGACCCCGUUCCGCCGGACAGAAGGAAACUAUAUCACUUACGUUCUCCAAACAUCAGAGGUGAUGUUUGAAGAAGAGCCGAUGCAAGAGGAGCCCAGCUCCCCGGAGUCUCCAGUGGACAGCCUGGGGAACAGCGAGGAGGAGCCAGACAGGAGACAGCAGAAGCGCAGCAGCAGGAAAAGACGCCAGAGCAGGAAGAGCGUCGGGGACGCGGAGAGCCCAACGCCUGGGAAGCGGAGCAAGAAGUGCAGCAACAGCGUAAGCGGCAGCGUUAGCGGCAGCCCUCAGUCUCUGGAGGACCUGCAGACGCAGCGCGUCAUGGCGAACGUGCGUGAGCGUCAGAGGACUCAGUCUCUAAACGAGGCGUUCGCGUCGCUGCGCAAAAUCAUCCCCACGUUACCCUCGGACAAGCUCAGCAAAAUCCAGACGCUCAAGCUCGCGUCUCGGUACAUUGAUUUCCUGUACCAGGUGCUGCAGAGCGACGAGCUGGACUCCAAAAUGUCCAGCUGCAGUUACGUGGCGCACGAGAGACUCAGUUACGCGUUUUCCGUCUGGAGAAUGGAGGGCGCGUGGUCCAUGUCAACAUCCCACUGACGCACUGACGCGCGCUGUCGGUGCAGCACGAUAUUCAGAGGAGCUGAACUCACUGGAAGAGCGAGCAUAAGGAUUAUAAAGGGAAGGUUCUGGAGCGUCAUGACGUCGUUGCAGCACUUACAGUUGUGCAGGAAUUACAAUCAGAUCUGUGCUGUUGUGACGGUGGAUGUGGAAAACAUGUGCUUCUUUCUGAAGACCAACAGAGCUUCUGACAGCAACUGCGUCAUAUUUAUUACUCAACGAAUGAAGGAAAUAUGGAAGAAACUCGGCUCAUAACACUAUCUUUGACUGGUCCUAAUAAAAAUACAUUUAUUUAUUUAUUACUGAUUGUCAGAAUGCAGAAUAGAUCUGGUGUCUAUGCAUUUCCUAUUUUAAAUACGAUGUAAAUAUGUGUAUAUUUUCUGCAAUAAAACAUGGUUUGAAACGUA